AUGAAUUCUGCCAAGAAACUGCCAUCAAGUCUGAACAUCGAGCAAAAACAAUCUCCUCAUCUGUCUCUCUGUGCAAAUCCUGGCAAUCUGGUGUUUUGCUGUAUGCCAGACCCCAAAAUACUCAUGACCAAUAGUUCUUUGGCAAAGCCUGAGGUUCUGCUGUUCAAAACAACUUCAAGUGAACACAGUGCUAUACCACCUGUCUCACAGAUGGUACCCUGUAGUUAUCAUCCAGUGGAUCAAACCUUUCCAAAACACUCUUGUGGGUCAUUUCAAGAUAGUUAUAUAAACAGCACCACUGACAGAAGUAGAGUGGAUGACCAUCCCAAUUUACAGCAUACUCUGUAA